GUUGACGAGCCAGCGGCGGGUUUGCAGAGCUCAGUGGCCAGAGGCGGCUGGAUUGUGGGGGGUGCUGGAGCCGGAGGUGGAGCGGGGCGGCGUGUGGCCGGGGCCAUGACGGGCAAUGCUGGGGAGUGGUGCCUCAUGGAAAGCGACCCCGGGGUCUUCACCGAGCUCAUUAAAGGAUUCGGUUGCCGAGGAGCCCAAGUAGAGGAAAUAUGGAGCUUAGAGCCUGAGAAUUUUGAAAAAUUAAAGCCAGUUCAUGGGUUGAUUUUUCUUUUCAAGUGGCAGCCAGGAGAAGAACCAGCAGGCUCUGUGGUUCAGGACUCCAGACUUGACACGAUAUUUUUUGCCAAGCAGGUAAUUAAUAAUGCUUGUGCUACUCAAGCCAUAGUAAGUGUGUUAUUGAACUGUACCCACCAAGAUGUCCAUUUAGGAGACACAUUAUCAGAGUUUAAAGAAUUUUCACAAAGCUUUGAUGCAGCUAUGAAAGGUUUGGCACUGAGUAACUCGGAUGUGAUUCGACAAGUACACAACAGUUUCGCCAGACAGCAAAUGUUUGAAUUUGAUGCAAAGACAUCAGCAAAAGAAGAAGAUGCUUUUCACUUUGUCAGUUAUGUUCCUGUUAAUGGAAGACUGUAUGAAUUAGAUGGAUUAAGAGAAGGACCGAUUGAUUUAGGUGCAUGCAAUCAAGAUGAUUGGAUCAGCGCAGUGAGACCAGUCAUAGAAAAAAGGAUACAAAACAUAAUACCCUCUAGGUUCAUCCAUGUUGUUGCAGAUGGCAAGAUUUUCUUCUUUUAUAUGGCUAAGUACAGUGAAGGUGAAAUUCGAUUUAACUUAAUGGCCAUUGUGUCUGACAGAAAAAUGAUAUAUGAACAGAAGAUAGCAGAGUUACAAAGACAACUUGCCGAGGAGGAACCCAUGGAUACAGAUCAGGGUAAUAACAUGUUAAGUGCUAUUCAGUCAGAGGUUGCCAAAAAUCAGAUGCUUAUUGAAGAAGAAGUACAGAAAUUAAAAAGAUAUAAGAAUAAUGUGUUGAUUCCCUGGCAUCCUACAAAGAUUGAAAAUAUCAGAAGGAAGCAUAAUUAUCUGCCGUUCAUUAUGGAAUUGUUAAAGACUUUAGCAGAACACCAGCAGUUAAUACCACUAGUAGAAAAGGCAAAAGAAAAACAGAAUGCAAAGAAAGCACAGGAAACCAAAUGAAGAAGAUGCUUUGGGAUGUGUACACAUUUCUGCUUCUGCACUUAUUUUCAAGGAAAGCAUUAAGUAUAAAGAACUUUGAGCAACAUCCUAAUCGACUCAGCGCGCGUUUGGCGGUAGCCCCGGUCUGUCUCGUCUUCAAUGCAUGGAUUCACAACCUCUCCCUGCCUGCGUCAUGUGCAUGUGGUGCAUAUUAAAUAAAAGUGGUGUUCAGAGCACUUGCCCAAAUCCCGUUAUAUGACAUUGGAUCUGAGAACUCCUCUUGGUUCUCUGGAUAGAUAACUACCGUAAUGAACUGUAAUGAACUACUGUGAUGAAAAUGGACAAAUGAUAUUCUCUACCUGUAAUUGUUAUAAUUAAACUUCCAAUCUUCCAGCUUGGUUAAAUGCUUAAAAUUUAUAAAUGUCAGAUCUUGAUUAAAUGGAGUCUCUUGUUUCUUCUCAUUAUUAAUGAAAAAAUCAGUAUUUGUCUUUGAUAUCUAAAUAUUUUGAAGAUUUAAAAACUGAAUUUUAUCUUCUAUACCAAUUCUUUGUAAAAGCUUGAUUUUAAAGAUCAUCAUUUGAAAAGAACAGAAGUAUAGUUUCUGGGCUUCCCUGGUGGCCCAGUGGUUAAGGAUCUGCCUGCCAAUGCAGGGGACAUGGGUUCGAGGCCUGGUCUGGGAAGAUCCCACAUGCUGCGGAGCAACUAAGCCCAUGUGCCACAACUACUGAGCCUGCGCUCUAGAGCCUCCGAGCCACAACUACUGAAGCCCAUGCACCUAGAGCCCGUGCUCCGCAACAAGAGAAGCCACUGCAAUGAGAAGCCCGCACACCACGACGAAGAGUAGCCCCCGCUCAACACAACUAGAGGAAGCCCACGCAGAGCAACAAAGACCCAACGCAGCCAAAAAUAAAUAAAU